ACUUGCUACAUUCUUAAUUGAUUUCAGCUGCGUCUCCCCCGCCUCUCCUCAUAAAGCGCCCCCACCGUGACGGAUGUUAAUCGUUUAUUUUGCGUUGGAUUGCGUGGGCUGAACAAUCCGGACAUCGUGGCCACCGACGUGGACCCCCGCCACCGGGACCCACGCAGAGCGGAUUGUACACCCAGAGGCUUCAACAGAGCGGGUCUGGAGCUGGGAGCUGCAGGUGGAUGUUGGCCAGGAGCCGUUCAGUCCUACAGGAACAGACGGUAGAGGUGAUGGAGGCGGUCGUCUGGAGGUGCUCGUCUGGAGGUCCGUGGCGGUCGUCUGGAGGUGCUCGCCGUGAGGUCCGUGGCGGUCGUCUGGAGGUGCUCGCCGUGAGGUCCGUGGCGGUCGUCUGGAGGCGCUCGCUGCAGAUGGAGGGAAGGCCGGGAGCCGUGCAGCCCAACGGAUGCAGAACGAAGGACUGAGGCGGAGGUCCUGGAGGCGGCGGUGGCCUGGAGGUCCUGGAGGCGUCCAACCUGGAAGGGGCGGCAUGGAGGGCCAGGUGGCGGCUCCUCAUCCAAAGGGCCUGGAGGCGGCCAACCUGGAAGGCCUGGAGACGGCCGAGGUCCUGGAGGAGACGGCGGGCCUGGAGGUGGAGGCCAACCUGGAGGUCCUGGAGUCGGAGGGCCUGGAGGCGGCGGUUGGGACCAACCUGGAGGCGGUGGUUGGGACCAACCUGGAGGGCCUGAAGGCGGUGGUUGGGACCAACCUGGAGGGCCUGGAGGCGGUGGUUGGGACCAACCUGGAGGGCCCGGCGGCGGCGGCGGCGUCCUGGAGGGCCCGGCGGCGGCGGCGGCGGCGUCCUGGAGGGCCCGGCGGCGGCGGCGGCGGCGGCGGCGUCCUGGAGGGCCCGGCGGCGGCGUCCUGGAGGGCUCAGCGGCGGCGGCAGCGUCCUGGAGGGCUCGGCGGCGGCGGUGGCGUCCUGGAGGGCCCGGCGGCGGCGGCUCCUCAUCCAAAGAAAUGAGGCGACGUUGCGGAGGUCCGGGCGGUUGGCCCGGUGGAGGUCCUGGAGGAGACGGUCCCGGCGGUGGAGGACGGCUGGGGGGGUCCGGCGGUGGAAGACCGAAGGCGGGUC